AUGGAGCUGGGAAGGGCACAGGCUGCGUUAUGAUCGUCUUUGCAAGUUCAGAAUGCUCACACAGGGAUAGACUUGUCAGUUCCAGAGUACCAGGAAAUCCAUGGGAAGAUGAUGUCCGGCCAUGUGGAAUAUCACAUUGUAGCUGUUACCCGACUGGCUGCAUUCAAAUCAGCAAAGCACAAACCUGAAGAUGUGGUUCAGUUUAUGGUCUCUAAGAAGUACAGUGAGAUUGACGAGUUUUACCAAAAGCUGACUGCCCACUACCCACAGGCAUCUCUUCCACCAUUACCCAGGAAAGCUCUGUUUGUCGGGGAAUCUGAUAUCCGAGAACGAAGAGUGGUGUUCAAUGACAUCAUGAGGCUCAUCGCCAAAGAUCUGGAACUAGCAACAAGUUCUGAAUUACUGGAAUUCUUAGGGACAAAAUCUACUAGUGUCAUUGACUUGAAAGGUAAAAAUGUUCCUGAGGAGGAGGAGGAAGAUGAAGAAAAUGAAGAGUUAGAUUUCUUCAAAGAGGAGAGGACAUCCGACAUAAUCCCUCGGUUUGGGUUAGUAAAAGAUCAAGAUGCCAGAAAAGAGGAGGAAGAGGAGGAAGAAGAUGUAGAUCCUCUUGGCAUAAUCCGAUCUAAAAAACCUAAGAAGCCCACGUCUCCUGCAGCCAAGGAAGACAAGCCCAAGUUAACCAUUUUUGACGAGGAAGUAGAUCCCGAGGAAGGAUUAUUUGGCCCAGUAAAAGAUUUUUCAUCUUCCAGUUCCAAGAAGAACUCGUCAGCCAAAGAGAAUCUGAAAUUAUUUGAAGACCCAGACCUCGGUGGGACUGUUAAACUAGGCGACUCUCUACUGCUGCCAACGGCCUGUGAGAACAAGGACUAUGCACUAAGUACCAGCCUCAAAGAGGACACAGAGGAGCUAUUGAGGGUUGAAGAGGAUUUAGAGAGGCUCUGGAGAGUGAGUUCCAAGCCAAAACCCAGGCUGCCAUGUAAACCGGCAUUGCUUAAGAAGCCAUUAAUCACCACUAAGAACAAUAUUAGUCCAGCCCCUCCAGCAAAGCCGAAAGAAGACAAGAUUCAAACCAUGGACGAGGUAGACAUUCUCCAGUACAUUCAGGACAACGAAUCUAUCAGCAACCAAGACAUGAGUCUCUUUUGA